AUGGGAGUGAAAACCCUCCAACCAACGCUUCAAGUUUUCUCUACCUUACCACCACCCUCCUCUUCUUCUUCUUCUUCUUCUUCAUCUCCUACCUUAAGCUCCAUCAUGAAGAUCAAAACCCUAAUCCACACCAUCAUUUUCUCUCACGUGUGCCGCGCAAUUCGGUACCUCAACAAGGCGAAAUCCAAAGCAGCAUCCAUUUUUAUUCAGAUUCUCAGAGACAGCCAACCCAUGCAACUUAUCUACCCUACUAAAAAAACCAAGAUCAAGAACAAGACCAAGAAGAUCUUCUUUGGAUCAUUUCGACUGCACUACAAUUGGUGCUCUUCCACGCACGUGUUGCCUGUUCCGGCACGUGUCUACGAAGGAUUAACAGCAAGCACCCAUUUGUACUAUGAUUCGACAUGGAAUUCAGUAAUUUCCACUGAUGCUCAGCAAUGUGAGGAAAAUCAUGGGCCUGAGUCACAGCUCUCUGGGUACCUCCAAUGGCUUGAGGAAAAGAAGGUCCAUGGUAAGAAUAAUUCUAUGGCUGAUGAGAUAGAUGUGAAUGAGAUUGAUAAGCUAGCAGAUUUGUUCAUUGCUCAAAGCCAUGAGAAGUUCAUAUUGGAGAAGCAGGAAUCUUACAGAAGAUUCCAAGAAAUGAAUGCCAGAAGCAUGUGA